GGUAAAGACAAAAGAAGGGAAUAAAACGGGCAUCACGUGGCGAUAAACGUAUGUAAUACGCUUUAUUAGCUUUUAGAUAUCAGAUAAGAAAAUAGACGCGCCACGCCGAAUCGCCGAUACAUUUGAGCUUUUCUGUUCUGCUUCGCAGCUAAUUCAACUUCAGAAGCAAGUAGCUGUAAGUUGCCGAAAGUUUGCGACUUUACGACAGUGCGACUUUGCGACUUUGCUAUUCGCGACGGUAUAUCUUAUCGUCAUAAUUCGCUCGCCUGUCUAGUGCUGUCUAGUCCUCUUGUGUAAAUAUUGCAGCGAUUCGAGUAUCAAUCACACCUCAUAUACUACGUCUACAUUUCUAUUGGGAGUACCUAAACAAAUUUACCACCAAUGCGCAAUGGCUAAAAAGAACAAGAAGCCCACAGCGGGCGAAUCUCAUACUAUAGAGGCACAAGCUACUGCAGAGUCCUCAACAGCGCCUUCGACAGCGAAUAAAAAGAAGCCAACUUCUCCUGCGCCUCAGUCGUCGUCGUCGUCUUCCUCAUCUUCGCUUGUAAUUUGCCGGAAUAAACACUGGCGUUACAUAUCCUCGUUCCAUGGACCAUGGCUGCAGCUACCGCUCGAAGUCCUUGAGACCUUGGCUAAUGCGAACUACUACAUGCCGUUACCGCGCCCUGUCGAUCCAGCAGUAUUUUACGACCUGGUGAAGAUAAGACAGCUCGUGGACGGCGCUACGGAUCUGGCUGUACGAGCUGCGAAUGGCGUCGCAUCCUCGACAUUAUCAAAUUCGCUAGCAGGCGGAGCUGCGCAUCAUAUGCAAGCUUUGGGGCUUGGGUUUGGGAAUAAUGCCGGCGCAAAACUUAGUCCAGAGCGGAAAUUUCGAAUGCGUGAGCAAGCUACCCAGAAGUUGUCGCGCGCGUAUCAUUUGGAUGAGAUAGCGUCGAGCGUGGCGACGAUGCAAUCUACCUCGACUUUGGAAAAUGUCGCCAGUCUUGUUUUACUCAGAGCACCUGAUGAUCCUGACGCUAACUAUGUCCAUUUCUUCCAUGAGAAGAUCCCGUCGAGGCAACUGGCUGAGUGCACAGACUUUCGCGCAUUGGAUCUUAUAAUAGGACAACGGCCCUCUGAUUGCGAGCCCCUGAGGACUCGUGCCAUCGUCCGAAUGUUCAAGGAUGAUUUCGAAGGUGCUGUUCGUGAUCUUACCUCUGCGCUGGGAGUGUACCGUCUUCAACAACCGCGGCACAAACCGGCAUCAGACGAGUCUAUGCAACUCGAGCAGAAAACUCGGCGGCGGCGAGAUAAUCCCCCUCUUGACGAAAGAGAUCACCCAAGUAGUAUAGAAGUACAGCUAUUAUUUCAGCGGGCUGGCUGUUACCUCACUCUAGCGUGUGAUAACGUUGCGCUUGCGCUCCCUGAUUCACGUAUUGAGCAGAACGCGAAUUCACAGAAUGGUACGAACGGGACGAACGGGGCCAGUAAUGGUAUUCCUAAUGGCGAUUCAACGCCACCACAAGCGGAAGAGUAUCCGGAGAACAAAGGUCCGUCUAAGAAGUUGCUAGAAGUGCGCAAGGCGGUACGUGUUUACGCGAAGCGCGCGCUACGAGAUUACAUGGAGUAUCUCAAGCAUUUUCACUAUUCGCCCAACCUACCUAUCGAGGUGUCGGAUGAUUUUAGUCGCCAGGUAAAUCAGGCGACUCAUCGUAGCAAAAGAUACUACGGACAAUCUCGCCAUGCAUCUCAGGACCCAGGUAGCCCUACGGGAACCUCGCCUAGCCAUACGGUAUACGAGCUGUCUUCCCUUUUCACAGCCACACCUCCCGCAGAUCUGCCGCCGUAUCCCUCGACGGACCUCGUAUCUCCAGGCAGUGCUACUAUGGAAUCGAUUCAAACAACUACCGAGGUGGUCACUUACCACCCCUUACUGACCGACGCGCUACAUUCGCUGCUACUAUGCCAUACCCUUAUCCAAACCUCAGCAAAAGAGCUCCAGCGCCAUGCGCACAUGGUCGCGCGACUUGCUCGUCUUGCCGAUGGCUAUCCAGUUUUCCAGGCAAGUAGGUCUCCCGCCCGAGCAGAUUGGAUCGAGGUCCUCCGGCGAGCGGAGAACUGGAUCGAACUCUCAUCGAGUUGGGAGGCUCUCUGCGCCCCCGCCCCGCUACCAAUCCCCGUGUCGAUAAACGGGGUAUCUACUGCGACCGCAAGCGUCAACGCCCUAUCAAUCACCGGAGGCGCGGCCCCCGCCGAAACUGAGGAGCAGCGGAAGGAGCGGAUGCGGCAACAAGCUAUCAUCGAGGCUCUAGAGGACGAGCGUGUCAACGACGAGGCGAGCUUCAAAGCAGCGAUUCUUGCUCGACAGCGAAGAGCCGAAGCCGAUCACGCAAGCUCCACCAACGGCGGUAUUCCUAGUCCGCAUGCCGGCCCUAAGCGCUGGGCUGUAGAUGACGGAAGGGAGUACCCUAUCCUCACAGAACGCGCGGAGGCGGUCGCGAGGUGGAUACGCGAGGCGCCGACGGGAUCCGGUACCGGGAGUAGCAAGCGCAAAAAGAAACCGAGAGCUGCGAAGCCAGCCGCCGAAUGCGAUAGCUAGGGGCUAUGGAUGAAGUCUGAACUGCCGCCCAACCUAGCUAGGGAGCGCCCUUAUGCAAGCAAAACAGCUGUUUGAAUAACACGAAGCAGCCAGUGUAUCCAACAUAUGUACUUCGUAGUAAAUAUUCCAAAAGCGAUGCUUUGCGAACCUGUAUGUAUGUACUAUCGUCGUCUAAAGCGACGGACGUGUAAUCCGACCUUGUGAGUGGUUGUGAUUAGCCGAUGUGCCGUAUUUGAUGGCAUCUUUAACUGCGCUUCCUACUAGUUGCA